UCAGAUGUCCUUGUAGCCGCUCUGGCCCUCCGCACCCUCCAUCUGCGGCAGCGGGGGGCUUGCGGCCCCGGCCCCUGCCCGGCCCCCGCUCCCAGCCCCAUGCCUCAGCCUUAAGCCUGCUGCCCUCCCCCGCGGGGGGCUUUCCCUGCGCCCCCUUGGCCGCCCCGUCCGAGUCGGGCGCCAUGAACGAUCAGUACCACCGGGCCGCCCGGGAUGGCUACCUGGAGCUCCUCAAGGAGGCCACGCGGAGGGAGCUGAAUGCCCCCGACGAGGAUGGCAUGACCCCCACGCUCUGGGCUGCCUACCAUGGUAACCUGGAGUCGCUGCGCCUCAUCGUGAGCCGCGGGGGUGACCCGGACAAGUGCGACAUCUGGGGCAACACGCCCUUGCAUCUGGCAGCCGCCAAUGGCCAUUUGCACUGCCUGUCCUUCCUGGUGUCCUUCGGGGCCAACAUCUGGUGCCUGGACAACGACUACCACACGCCGCUGGACAUGGCCGCCAUGAAGGGCCACAUGGAGUGCGUGCGCUACCUGGACUCCAUCGCGGCCAAGCAGAGCAGCCUCAGCCCCAAGCUGGUGGGCAAGCUGAAGGACAAGGCCUUCCGCGAGGCGGAGCGGCGCAUCCGCGAGUGCGCCAAGAUGCAGCGCAAGCACCACGAGCGCAUGGAGCGGCGCUACCGGCGCGAGCUGGCGGAGCGCUCGGACACACUCAGCUUCUCUAGCCUCACGUCCAGCACCCUGAGCCGCCGGCUGCAUCACCUGGCGCUGGGCAGCCAGCUCCCCUACUCGCAAGCCACGCUGCACAGCACCGCCAGGGGCAAGACCAAGAUCCAGAAGAAACUGGAGCGUCGCAAGCAGGGCGGCGGCGAGGGGACCUUCAAGGUCUCAGAGGACGGGCGCAAGAGCGUGCGCUCGCUCUCCGGCUUGCAGCUGGGCAGCGACGUGAUGUUCGUGCGCCCAGGCACCUACGCCAACCCCAAGGAGUGGGGCCGUGCCCCGCUCCGGGACAUGUUCCUCUCGGACGAGGACAGCGUCUCUCGUGCCACGCUGGCGGCCGAGCCUGCCCACUCGGAGGUCAGCACAGACUCAGGACAUGACUCCCUGUUUACCCGCCCUGGCCUGGGCACCAUGGUGUUCCGCAGGAACUACUUAAGCAGUGGCCUGCACGGGCUGGGCCGCGAGGAUGGGGGCCUGGAUGGGACGGGCACGCCACGGGGUCGGCUGCAGAGCUCCCCCAGCCUGGACGAUGACAGCCUGGGCAGUGCCAACAGCCUGCAGGACCGCAGCUGCGGGGAGGAGCUGCCCUGGGAUGAGCUGGACUUGGGCCUGGAUGAGGACCUGGAGCCCGAGACGAGCCCGCUGGAGACCUUCCUGGCCUCCCUGCACAUGGAGGACUUUGCCUCCCUUCUGCGGCAGGAGAAGAUUGACCUGGAGGCGCUGAUGCUGUGCUCAGACCUGGAUCUCCGCAGCAUCAGCGUCCCGCUGGGGCCGCGCAAGAAGAUCCUGGGGGCCGUGCGGAGGCGGAGGCAGGCUCUGGAGCGGCCGCCUGCCCUGGAGGACACAGAGCUAUAACCUCGGUUCCUCUCAUGAGACCAAAGUUAACUGCAAGUUGCCACAACCUGUGAUCGGCCAGCACGGUCCCCACAGUCGCCAGCCCUCCCGCCCUCUUUCCAGGAGCAAAGACCUCAGCCUGCCCACACCCAGAGCAGAAAGUGUGGCCUGGAGCACCCAGAUGGGCACCAGAGCAUCCAGAGCACCAGCUCUCAGGACUCCUGCAGCCUCGGGCCCCCCAUCCGAGUGGCUCUGAAGCAUGCGUAGAUUUGGUUCACACCAGAGACUAGGUGACAUCACCUGGGAAGAAGCGCCGGUGGGCCACAGCCUGUCUCUGGUGCAUGGUCUCUCUGGUCCUCCUUCCUGCCCCGCGUUGGAGGGGACUAUCCUCUCAGGCUAGACUCGCUUGCUUCUCCCUUUCCCGUGAAGGGAAGAGUUUGGGCUGCUUCCCCUCCCAUAAAUCCCAGAGGGGAGGUUUCCCGCCAACUCUUCAGCCAAAUGUCCUGCUUUUCAGUCCCUACCCCACCCCCACACAUGAGAACGCCACCGGCCAUGGCCAGAGCUGGAGGGCCAGGCUGGAUCCGCUGCAGCCUGUCCUCCUCCAGUACCCCCACCUCUGCUGUGCAGCCUGGCCCCUCUAGGGACCCACGGUGCUAGGGCUGCAGACCACAGUGUUAUGGUCCCCAGGUCUGGUGGACACAGCUCUCUGGAGAAUGGCAUCUGCCAGCUGCCUCAGACUCUCCAGGCCCUGACAGGCAGCUGGGCAUAGCUGGGGGUUGAGUGUGGGCAGAUUCUGUGAGAAGGAGGCUGAGGAUGUGCCCAGGGGCCGUGUGUGUGUGUGUGUGUGUGUGUGUGUGUGUGUGUGUGUGUGCAUGUGCGUGUGUGUGCAUGCAUAUGUGCUCAAGUGUGUGUUUCGAGGGCUGGCCAGUGGCUUUCCUUUGAGGCUGGAAGGGCUGGGUCACUGUGUGAUUUUUAUGGGUGGUGGGAAGCAGGGAAGAGCUCACUGUGUGUCCCCGCUCUGUGUGGAAAUGAGACUUGGUGAGGCCCAGCCCAGUGGUGAGGCCCAGCCAAGCCCAACAGGUCCUCAGCCUGUGUCCUCAGGGCUUUCCCACCAGACCAAGCUCACAGAGAUGGGACAGUCACUCAGGACCCUGUGUGUGUGCACAUCCAUACCCACACAGGUGUUAACAGUGCCCCCCAUCUCUUACCCCAGCUUGCUGGGAGAUGGCCACUGCUCCCAGGUCCUCCCUGGGGCCCUUUGGCUGGAGUUCGGAAAGAGCCCCCCAAAGACCUCAUUGGUCUACUAAAGUGGGGAGCCCAUCUGUGUGUUUGCCCGGAGCCAGGGGUGUGAAAGAGAGGGUCCCUCUCCCACUACAGGACAUCGAAGGCUCACUGCCUGCAGCCCACCCCUUCUCCUGGCCUCUGGGCCACCCCAAGUGCCGACUUUCGUUUCUGCAAGCCCCGGAUGCUGCUGCUCUCCCUCCACACCCACUUCUCAAUGUGUGGAGGGGCGAGGCUCUGAAUCCCACCAUACCCCAGCCUCACCCUGAGGCUCAUUACAACUUUUGCAGAGAAAGUUCUAUAUCAUUGUCA